CUCUCUCUCUCUCUCGAUCGCACACACACACACACACACGUUCUCACACACACAUUGGCUUGCCUGCCACCCACUUGGAGGGACAGAAAAAACAGUUAAAACGUCUCAAGAAGGCAUCCUUCUUCACUUGACAUUGCGUGAGCAGGUGGCCCAGUCGCUGCUUUUCCUGGCUUUCUUGCUCGCCCCCCUCCUUCCCCAAACACCACCCUACCCCGCCUCUUCAGCCUGCCGGCCGGACAGCCCCCCGCGCGCUAAUUCCAUUAUACGUUCAUCUUAGCUGGAAGCUAUAGGGCUCAUUUCUAAUUGCUUUGUAUCCCCUGAGCUCCGUGAACAUGGCUGCUAAGGGCAAAAGGAAGGACUGUUAGACCCUGCGCCGAGCAGCCGAGGGGACAUUCUGGGCUACUUCACCUCGCCGCAGAUCCAGCGUGGAGGAGGAGGAGGAAGAGGAGGAGAGGGAGCGUCGCGUCGGCAGAAACUGGAGUCAGAGCCAUGCAGUCCUUCAGAGAAAGGAGUGGUUUCCAUGGCAACCAGCCGUGCUACCAGCAGGAGAACCCGGAAUUGUCACACCUCGAGAAUUACCGGCCUCAUCAGAGCCAGGCCAGGCGAGGUUAUGGUCCCCAGUCCCUCCCAGCCGCAAAGGACUGCUACAAUCAGCAAGCCUAUGCCAGCUACAGAAACAACGCUGCGGCCGACAAACCGUACAAAGUGGCUAAAAUCCAUGCCCAGCAUCUGCAGAGAGGCUAUGGCACCCAGCUCAGUAACGCAUACUCAGCCCAAUAUCUACCUGAAGGCCAGAUGCAUCCCAAGUGGGAGGACUCGUCACACUUGCCCCAAUAUGAACAGGAGUCCACCGGAGGUAACGCUCAGUACCUUGAGCAGCAUCUGCACCCAAUAUCCCGUAGUUUGUGUUCCCAUUCCGCACAGCCAAACCCUACAGCCUACACCAGUCACCACCAGCAGAAAGUACAGCAGGACACCUCAUCUUCCUCGUCGUCGUCUUCUUCAAUGACCUAUACGCAAGGGUCUCUUCACUUCCCUCAACAAUCCCAGAGCCUCUCUUCCUCCACAGCUUCUUACCCUGCAGUAGAAAAAUGCAACCAGGCAAACCAGUGCUACAAAGGUUACAGCAUGCCAACGAACCCCCCUUACAACCGGCAGCUGGCAAGCAGCUCCAUCAAACAAGCGGGCUACAGGACGCAGGGCAACUACAGCUACCAGCCAACGCCUACCAGGACUGCCUAUGACCAACAGAACUCCCUGCAAGCAAUGCCGAGUGCCCAGGAGAGUCUCUCAAAGUACCAGCACUACAGCCAGGCUGCAAAGAACUACUGUGUUACUGACAUGUCAGUGAGAUCUCCAGAACAGUACUACCAGAACUGCAGUCCCAGUUCCAGCCACUCCCCAGCAAGAUCUGUCGGGAGAUCACCCUCCUAUAGCUCCACACCAUCCCCUUUAAUGAUAAACCCAGAGACUUUUCAGUACAAUCAGACCCAGCCCCCAAUUGCUACUGGGGCAUCAUCUUCUGUUGCCAUGAGGGAGCAGAGCCUGCUGAUGCCCCCCCAUUCGCAUUCAUCCAGCAGCCUCAAUCCACAGACUACCAACUAUGCAGGGUCCCUCAAGGACAGGUUCUCCGAAAAACUUCUUUCCAACCCCAGCCUGUGGAGCCUUAAUGCAUUAACGUCUCAAGUGGAGAACAUUUCCAACAACGUCCAACAACUUCUCCUUUCCGAGGCGCUCAUCUCCAGCAAGAAAAGUGGGAAACGGGCACCAAAAAAAGUGGAGGACUUCAAGGGCCAGCAAAGAAUAUUGGAGGACAGUGGCUGCACCGAGUCUCAGCAAGCCACAGCAAUUUCCGAGCCCUUCAGCACGCCACAGUCUGUGCCCACUGAAAUGCAGGAAGGGGAUUACUCCAGCAGCUCCGAAGAUCAGCUGGAGAGAAGUUACUAUCUCUGCCGACAGAACGCAAGUCCGGCUCAGAUAUCUACCAAUCUACAGCUGACUUUGGAGACCGUGUCAUCUUCCUCGGUCACAUCCCCUGGUGAUAUGUCCACCAAGUCGGACGACUCUCUACAUAGCCUUCAGAGUGGGGAACCUGGAGAGAAUUUUACUGCCUUCCUGAAGAAUAUGGAGAAUGAGAAGCCUUCAAAAGAGCUGCCUGUCCCCAGUCCUUUGAAACAGGACAGCUCCCAGGACAGUAUGACCAUCCUGAAAGAUGCACUGAAAGAAAACUUUGAAGAAACCCCUUGGCCUGAUAGAACAAAGGGAGAGGAGGAAGAAAUGAACGAUCCUUUGAUUUCUGAUCAUGACGAGAAGGAUGAGAUCUGUGGGGUGGACCAAGAAGCUUGGCCAGAAGAUGAGAAAUAUCCAGCUUUCUUCCACAAAUUAAGCAAAGCGCUAAUCAACAAAAGCUACUCCAACAAUAUUGAGGAGAAACUCUACCAGGAAAUGCAGAUUCACUAUAUAACAGACGAGCCAGUUGACUGUACAAAGUCUGCCAGCCCGGAAGAGUUUAAUGGCAAGACUGGCUCGGAUGUCGAAGUGGAAAUGUACAAUUCUGAGCUUCCUACGGAUUUAAAAACUUCUGAAAAAGCAGACGCUUUCAGCUGGAAUGAUGACCUUGUGGAAGAUCAAUAUUUAGCUGUGAAAGAGGAAGUGUCAGAUUAUUCCCAUUUUAACUCCAGAUCGGAAAUAUUUGAUGCCAAGCUUUUAACCAGCGAGCAAGAGCAACUCGAUACUUAUGUUGAGGAGUGCUCAGUCCAGACCCCAGAUGCAGGUGAUCUUGCUGAGGUCCUGGAAGAAAAAGAGGACUUUGAGCCUCCCCAGGAGGAUACCUGCAGAGGUCCCGGAAGCCCAAGUGACCAACCAGGUGGCAAUCAGACUGUUGAAACCAUGGAGACAUGCUCAGAAUCAAGUUUUCAAGAGACACCCCUCUCCCCCUCUCAGCAAGGGUCUCUCAUAUGUGAUCUCUCACCUUCCAAUAACGUCACCUUGGUUAACAGUGCAGACACGGAGGACAAAGUAACUUGCUUGGAAGAAGAGUGCGAUAGUGAAGACGUGGAGGAGAGCACUGUUAUGCAAGAUGCAUCUCAAACUCCAGAGCAAACAGCAGUGACAUCUGCUCCUUCAUGGGACGAGAAACCACCUUCUCCAAAAACCUGGGAAGAGGACACACAGUGUGGAAUUAGUUUCCAAAGUGAGGAAUUGCCACCUCCAGAACCUAAUGCCCAUCAGGUUCAGAUGAAGCUUAAUCCAUUAAAUAGAAUUCAUGGAGAAGAGAAACCUAGUCAGCAAGGAAAGUUGUUGAACACUAGUGUGAGAAUUCGGAGGCUUUCCAGCCUAGUUGGCGAAGAUCUGCCUGCUAACCCACGGAUAAGCAGCAUGCCACCCAGCAAAAGUGUGGGGUCAAUUGAUCAGGCAGGAACAGCUAGUAAAAAUCUUGCCAGUCAAGCCCUGAAGCAUUUUGCAGAGAAAGUGCCCUCAAGAAUGUGCACCCGCUCUUUCUCUGCCCUCAUAGCUCCCAAAGCCUGUCUGCUUUUAAAAAGGCAGUCAUCACCUAACUUUCCCAAAAGGGCUUCUUCAAAAGACUUGGCAGGACACACGAAAAAAGUGCUUCCAAAAAUCAAGCGCUUGAAGCACAAAGCCCCGAAAUCUCACGAUUCCCACUUGAAGUGCAAGAGAAGUACAAAUGAGGGCAAUACAAAGGGAGACAGUUCAGAGGAGACCCCAAAUCUAAGGCCUCUCCAGAAAGAUCAAAGGCCGAUGGUGUUACGGUCUCGCAAGCAAAAGGACGAGAAGCCGAUAAAGGAAGAGCUGAAAGAAAAAAAAAUGACCGGCUUCCUUCCCAAGAACCUCAAGACUUCACGCGCUCACAAAAUAGCCUUCCUGAAAGGCCAGACACGAGCUAGCUCGAAGAAAAAAUCAUCUCGGUCACAUCGCAAGGUGGUCUUCAGAAUAAAAAGUCAGGCGGGCAAGCCCAAUGAGAAGAUCCUUUCCCCAAUGAAAAGAAAGUCCACUUGCCACUCACCUGUUCCGAUUAAACGGCAGAAAAGUAGCAAGCCGGCAAAAAGCGAGGAUCUCAAGUUGCCGCUGAAGAACAAGUUUGUGGUUCCCAGUGCUCCUGGAAAGACAUCACGGAGAGGGAACCAUUUGAAAGCAUCCAUAAAUACUUACAUCGUCAAGGAAACGGCUAAUGAGAAAAACGGUGGUCCCCCUUGUAUCCAGGCCCAGUGUCCAGCUAAAACAAAAUAUCUACCCCCUAGGAAAGGGAGAGGUCUGAAGUAUGAAGCCUUAGUUCAAAAGAUGACGUCACCUGGCUCAAAGAAACAUGUUAUUAACAACCCUACAGACACCGCUGACCCAACCACUACAAGUUCCAUACUAAAUGUUGAUGAGAAAGUCCCGGUUAAACAAGUAGAUGACGGGGAGCCUAUGAAUGUGGCAGGGGCAACAGAUGCAGAUCCCUUAAAAAGUUACACUUCUCGAAAGAAGAAGCUCCUUGUCUUUGAAAGUACAGAUCAGCCAGCCGUGGAGUUGAAAGGUGACAGCCUCCUAGUGACCACCCCCAGGUUAGCCAAGCAGAGGGCCAUCAAAAACAACCACGAGAUGCACUUGAAGCAGCGACGAAAGCGAAGGAAAAGUUGUGGGCCACUCCCUGAGAUGGGGGCUCAAGACAGCCUCCGAAUGCAGGACCACCUGGCUCCCCCUGCAGCAGAACCCCCUACUGAAAAGCCCGUCACAAAAGAAGCCAUUGUUAUCAAGAGAAGCAGUCGGAGAUUACUUCCCGCAAAAAGCCAAGCGGGGCUCUCAUUGGCUCGGGAGCAACAAAAACCAGAAGAAACGAAUCUAACGGGGAAAUUGAGAAGGAGUCAAAAACUUCUAUGUGCAGUGAAGACCCGAAAAAAUGGUCACAGGCUAAAGACUAGACACCGAAAGCAGUGUGCCCCUAUUGUUGAGGAAAAGGAACCAGAAAUCAGACUGAAGUACGCAACAUACAGGCCACAGAAAAUGGAAAACAAGUUACCGUUGUUUUGCCCUUUUGUAAGGGUGGACCGGUCAUCUGAGUUUGCUACCAUCUGCACUGUCAUCAAUCGACCUGAAGAGGAGUUACGGCUUCAUCAGAUGAGAAAGAAAAUGUUUUCACAAAGCAAGAACAUUAUAGGAGUGGCAAAACUGAUCCCAAACUCAUCGGUCUUGCAGCAGGGGCCAUUAGUGAAUAAAAAGUUAACAGACAGAUGCCUAACAUGCUGCCUGUGUGGAAAGCCAGCAAAUUACCGCGAGCUGGGGGACCUGUGUGGCCCCUACUAUCCAGAAGACAGUAUCCCCAGGAAGACCCUGUCUUUCCUGAAAUGCAAAUCCGAAUCUGGGGAGAAUCCAAUUAAAAUGUUGUGUAGCCCCAUUCAAAUUGACCACGUCAAGAAAGCAGGAGCAAAGGGCGGCAACAGCACACUUCUGGGGAAGCCUAGGAGGCAGGAGAGAACUGGCGAGCAUAGUGUGAUCCGAUCCAAAAUCAGGGAGAGGUAUCGGAAGCGGCAUCAGUUUCAGGGUCAGACCAGGAAAGCUCCGAAGGCAGAGACAGGCUUGCUGAGCAAUUCUGAUGGCGCCAACCAACAGUCCCAGCACCUGGAGUUUGAGGCAGAGUCGAAGGAGCACUGGGUGCACGAGGCUUGUGCCGUGUGGACCGGUGGGGUUUUUCUAGUGACUGGCAAGUUGUAUGGACUACAGGAGGCGGCACUGGCAGCCAGUGUAACGGCCUGCGCGACAUGCCAGGAGCUUGGGGCGUCCAUUGAAUGCUUCUGGAAAGCGUGCACCAAGAAAUUUCACUACGUUUGUGCCAAAGAUUCGGGUUGCUUAAUGCUGGAAGACAACUUUACCUUGAAAUGUCCUAAACAUCAGGGUACGUCCUGCUGAGGAGGAGCCAACCGGACCCACGCACACCCCCUGCUAUGCAGCGCACCACCGACAGCGAGCGUGCCAGUAGCAGCAAUACUGCAGCGCCAUCCCAGGGAGAUCGGACCCGCGGCCGCCGCCACCACCACCACCACCACAGAGAUGCAGUCCCCUUGAACCCGCCUGCCCACCUCACCCGACCCCCCCGAGAGCGUCGUUUGUCCCUCAUGUCACUCAGGCUGGCCUUUGUUUUCCUGCAGUAUUGCCGAUUCUCUUUUCUUUUUGAUUUCGACUGUGGACUGUUAGUUGUUUGCUUUGCUUCUCCCGGUGAUUCGGCCCGCGCUCACAUCUAGGGACUCGUCUCCAUCACGUGUCGUGCUGCCCCCAUCCCUCUCCUGUUAACGUGUGGCCAGUCGGGGCGGCGGUGACGGCACAACAGCAUCUCUGACACAAAGCACUCCGUGUCCAGCCUAGCGGGCGCCGCCAUGGGACCGUUGGACCAGUGGACCUCUCUACGAGGUGAGCUUCUCAGUCGAGUGACCUACAGCCCCCCACACAACAUAUCGAGACUCUGACAGAGCAGGUGGGCACAAGGGUCUGACACACUCAGAAAGACGCAGCCCCCCAAUAGUAACAGAUCACCCAGCGGAUCUUGUUGUGAUGGUUCAGGAUUACAGCCAUCGAGUGUCACAGCUUUCUCCUUAAGGGUGAGGGGGACAUGAGACAUGUGGUGGGUCGGGACAAGCAGAGUGACCCCCCUCUACUGAUAGGCCACAACACGUGAGAACAUCAGAGAGGCCCCCAUACUGGACUGCACAAGUCGUGCUGCUCCGGCCCACCGCUCUCAAAGCCUCAGCCGGUCAGACACAAUCCGUGACAUGCCACCCACGGACAUGAACCUCGACCUCGAGGGGUCAGGGGUCACUGGACUUCCAAAGGUUACUGUCAUUUUCUGAGUGGUUACACA